GCGGGAGGGAGUGAGUCACUGAGUGUGUGUGAGGGAGGGAAGGAGCGAGCGGGUGAGCGAGCAGCCCGCGUCGUCCGCCCGCAGCACCAGCCAGGCCCUGCCGCCGCCGCCGCCCCGCCGCCCUGCGCUGAGGCCGGGCCGAGCCGAGCUGGGUCGGGCCCGUGCCAUGCUGCUCACCGUGUACUGUGUGCGGAGGGACCUCUCCGAGGUGACCUUUUCCCUCCAGGUCGACGCCGACUUCGAGCUGCACAACUUCCGCGCACUGUGCGAGCUCGAGUCCGGCAUCCCCGCAGCCGAGAGCCAGAUUGUCUAUGCUGAAAGACCUCUCACAGAUAACCACAGAUCACUGGCUUCUUACGGCUUAAAGGAUGGCGAUGUUGUGAUUUUACGACAGAAGGAGAAUGCAGACCCUCGACCUUCGGUGCAGUUCCCAAACUUACCCCGAAUAGACUUCCGUAGUAUAGCCGUGCCUGGCACUUCAAGCUCCCGGCAGCGCCAGCCACCAGGAGCACAGCAGUCCCGCUCAUCUCCUGGAGAAAUAGCUUCGUCUCCUCAGGGCUUGGACAAUCCAGCCUUGCUCCGAGACAUGUUGCUGGCCAACCCCCACGAGCUGUCCUUGCUGAAGGAACGCAAUCCACCCCUGGCAGAUGCUCUGCUCAGUGGAGAUCUCGAGAAAUUUUCUAGGGUCCUAGUGGAGCAGCAGCAGGACCGAGCCCGGAGAGAGCAGGAAAGGAUUCGUCUCUUUUCUGCUGACCCUUUUGAUCUUGAAGCUCAGGCAAAGAUAGAAGAAGAUAUAAGGCAACAGAACAUUGAGGAAAACAUGACAAUAGCUAUGGAAGAGGCUCCAGAAAGUUUUGGCCAAGUAGUGAUGCUUUAUAUUAACUGCAAAGUGAAUGGACAUCCUGUGAAAGCCUUUGUUGACUCAGGUGCCCAGAUGACUAUUAUGAGCCAGGCUUGUGCAGAAAGGUGUAACAUAAUGAGGCUGGUGGACCGUCGGUGGGCAGGAAUUGCCAAAGGAGUGGGCACCCAGAAGAUUAUUGGAAGGGUACAUCUAGCUCAGGUUCAAAUUGAAGGAGAUUUCCUGGCGUGUUCCUUCUCUAUACUUGAGGAACAGCCCAUGGACAUGCUUCUGGGGCUGGACAUGCUGAAACGGCAUCAGUGUUCCAUUGACCUCAAGAAAAAUGUCCUCGUGAUUGGCACCACAGGCUCACAGACCACCUUCCUUCCCGAGGGAGAGUUACCAGAGUGUGCCCGAUUGGCUUAUGGGGCCGGGCGAGAGGAAGUACGGCCAGAGGAGAUUGCAGACCAAGAAUUAGCAGAAGCCCUUCAAAAAUCUGUAGAGGAUGCAGAGAAAAGCGGUAAAGAAACUACCUCACUGGGGAUGUCAUCAUUACCAACUUCAGAUGGAUUUAACCACCAAGCCCAUCCUUCAGGACAGAGUCCUGAGAUUGGUAAUCCUACAGGUCUUGCUCACUCUGUCUCUACUUCAGUCUGCCCUAUCAAGCCCAGUGACCCAGACGGCAUCGAACCUAAAGCUAUGAAGGCUUUGAAGGCUUCAGCUGAAUUCCAGAUAACCUCUGAAAAAAAAGAACACCUUCCUCUGCAGGAUCUUUCUGAGUGUGCUUCUUCAGCAGACAGUGCUCUAGCAAACCAGAGUCCAGCUAUGCCUUUGCAGAGUUCACUUGAAGAAGCCAUUGUUGCAGAUAAUCUGGAGAAAUCUCCUGCUGAAAGAAGCACCCAAGGCCUCAAAUCUCAUCUCCACACAAGACAGGAAGCUAGUUUAACCAGGAUGCGAGAAUCACAGAGGCUUAUAGGUAGAAAGGAUCCAGGAUAUCAGGACUUGAGUCGAGAGAGUGGCCUUCAGCAGCACGAAGAACCAAGAAAUGAACAGCAUGAGGUUAUACAACAGAAUGUUCCACAGGACCGAGAACAUCUUUGUAACACAGAGAACCUUGAACGUCUUGGAGAAAGGCAACAGAAUCAACAAAAAAGUGUUGGUUUGGAAUCUACAAUGAAAGGAGACAAGAUGCAGCAGAAUGUGGACCUUCCGGGUACAGAGAAAAAUAUUCUACCUUCAGGAUGCUUUGGCUGCUCAAAUUCAGAAACACUUAUGGAAGUAGAUAUAGUUGAACAGUCCCUAGUUGCUGUGCUUAAUUCAGCAGGCAGUCAGAAUCCCGAUGUGAAGAACAUUGGUGCAUCUGAUUUCACCUUAGAUAAUCCCUUGAUGGAAGUAGAAACAUCAAAGUGUAACCCUUCCUCUGAAAUUUUGAGUAAUUCCAUUUCCACUCAGGUUUUACAGCUCCCAGAAAGUAAUGUUGAAAUGUCUGGAAAAAUGAAAGACUAUGAGAAUUGCCCCUCCUCUUUAAGUCUCUGUGGCAGUUGUCAGCCCUCUGUAGAGUCAACAGAGGAAUCUUGCUCAUCUAUAACGGCAGCCUUGAAGGAACUUCAUGAACUUUUGGUCAUUAGUAGUAAACCAGCUUCAGAAAACACAUCUGAAGAAGUUACCUGUCAAUCAGAGACAGUAACUGAGAGCCAAAUGGGUAUUAAGGACCUUUCUGAAAGAUGGACCCAAAAUGAGCAUCUUACAGCUACCCAGGAUGAACAGUGUUCACAAAUCUCCUUUCAUCAGGCCAUAUCGGUAUCAGUGAAGACAGAAGAAUUAACAGACACUUCAACUGAUGCUGGAAUAGAAGAUGUGGCAAAUAUUAACCUCAGGGGUCGCAGUGAUGGCCUGUUAAUUGAUAAAGAAGGUGUCCCCAAGUCUAGGGAAUCAAUAAGUGAGAACAGUUCUGUCACUCUAGCCUCAGCUAAAACGUCUAAUCAACUACCCUGCACCUUAGGCGUAGAAAUUUCACCCAGACCUUUAGCAGGUGAGGAGGAUGCACUCAGUAAGACUUCUGAGCAGACUGAGUCCUUGUCAUCCAGUUUCAUAUUGGUUAAAGAUUUGGGUCAGGGCACACAGAAUCCAGUGACAGACAGGCCUGAGAUAAGAGAAAAUGUCUGUCCUGAAGCUGCAGGGCCACUUCUAGAAUUUGAACCACCUACCAGCCAUCCAUCAUCAAGUCCCUCCUUUCUUGCACCAUUAAUUUUUCCUGCUGCAGACAUUGACCGGAUUCUCCGUGCCGGCUUUACUUUGCAGGAAGCUCUUGGGGCUUUGCAUCGAGUUGGUGGAAAUGCAGACCUUGCACUUCUUGUUUUGCUAGCAAAGAACAUUGUAGUUCCUACAUAACCAUGGAAAAUGGUCUAGACCAUACUCCAUUCCCUUUAAAAAAAAAAAAAAGCUAUAUAUAUAUAUAUACACAUGCACACAUGCACACUCACCACAUAUACAGUAUAUGUAGAAACCUGCAAGCAGAAUGUUGAGCCAGAUUUUUUUUAAGGAUUUUUUUCAAAGAUUUUUUUCGGCCAAAGUAAUUUAUGAUCUCUUGUCUGAUGAAUUUGUCUAUUCUAUUUGUUAAAAUUUGGGCCUUUUUUAAAUGUAUUGGCAGUAUGUGCAUACAGAAGCUUUUUAUUAUCAUUAAGAUGAUGUAUUCUGGAAUAAAAUGGAUGGCUUUGUGUAUAGCAUACCAUUUUAGAAUGAGAGUAAAUGCUUUAAGAAGCAGAAGCCAUGAGAAAUGGCUGACCACCCAUGCAGCUAAGAGCAGAUCAACUUCAUAUUUUGGCUGUGUCUCUGCUAUAGGCAAGAUACAAUUUGUUGACUUAAUUUUCAGUUUACAAAUUUGAUCACAUGGUUUGGUGUCUGGAAUUAUACUUAGUGCUCUGUGUAUUAUGAUUCCUCAGCUGUAACAGAAAAUUGAAGAAUAUCUCCUAGAGUGGUAUGUUUUUAUUCGUGUGGUUAGGAUUUGACAUUUUAAUGGAAUGAGUUGGGAAGUUUUAAAACUUGGGCUGCUUUGUGCAUCACAGGCUGCUGCAUGAAUUGCCAAGUAUCUUGGGUGGGAUAUUGUGAGGGAAUUAACAUUAGAGCGAAACAUGGUGCUACCCAGAUUAAAAAAAAAAGAAGGAAAGAAAAAACUGUAAUUUCAUUUGCAAAUGUCCUGGUGAUGCUUCAAGAACUGUGAGUGAAAAAUAAUGGCCUCAACACUGGAAUUUACUAAAGAUUGGGUUUGGUAGAUCACAUCUCACUGAUCACAUCUCAACCCUCAAUGACGAGUGAUGAACUUAUGUUCAGCUAAUGGGUUGGUUGCCAGCAGUUUAUUUCCUUUCUAAAGUCAUUGUCUAGGAAGUUCUUCUGAAGCUCAGUUUGAGAUGUGAUCUGAGUGAAAGAUUCAAGUGUGAUAACCUUGUCACUGGUUCAUCUUGGUGCUUGGAAUGAUCAGUGUAUUUGGUGAGUGUCUUUCGUGGCAGUGGAAAUAGUCAUUGGAGUCUCUGAUUCAAGUGGCCUUGGUAGAGUUUUCCAUCCCUUUCUUUCCUCAGGAGUUUCUUUUUUUAAGCAAAAUUUGUCAUAUUUGUGUUUACCAUGUUAAGUUAGAGUGGGGCAUAGUACAUAGAUGUAUUUAUUGUGGCCUUUUUUUAUAUGAGGACUAGCCCUUGGAAAUCAUUGUCCUGUGGGCCCCACUGUGCAAUAAUUCUACUGGAUAGAUUUUAGAUACUUUCUUUCCUGGAAAAUAAACUCUUUUAUGUACCGAGUGGGAAUCUGAAAUCUUGGUUUUAUUGAAAAGAAUUUUGAGAAUGAUAAUUCCCGAUUUCAGGUUGGAGUUUGCAAUGUGUUUGAAACAGAAGAUUCAGAAGGGUGAUUUGUGAACUUUUAACGUUAAGUGAUUUUGUCUAAAGUCUUAAUUCUCUUUGAAAGCUUAUUCUUUCCGUCAAAAUUCACGUCAUUGAGCACAAUCAAAAUGGAGGCUCGUAUCUCAGGAGUUUUUGAAAUUUUAGUUUAGGGGCACUUAGACAUUUCUCUUCUACCCUAUCUCAUCUUUCUUGUUUGCUGUGAUGUUUGAAUGUGUGUUGGGAGACUUGAGUGAUAUGAUGGAAGGUCGCGUAGGUUCAUCAUGAUCCUCUGAAGUUAAGCGAUGGUUGACGGAGAGUUGUAGUUUACUGUUUUCAGGAGGGCACUCAGAACAACAGGUUAGCCAGGUUGUCUUUAAAGUGUUCUUUUAGACAAUCGUGUGCUGUAGAUCCUUUUGCUUGCCCUACACCAAAGAUGUAAGAUGCACUAGGAAACUGCUUAUAGGAUUUCUGUCAACUGACUUAGAGCUGUGACUGUCAUUAAAUAGUGGUGCUAUGAUUGAAGCAAAAUUUAGUAACAAUGCAAUGGGCCCCUGUAUUUGCUUUAUGGGUAUGAUUAGGAAUUUAUUCUAAGCUUAUAAAUCUUUAGGGUCACAAAGUGGGGUGGGUGUGAGGUGGGGGAGCUUAUCAGUGACAAUAGACUCUUCCAGAAAGGCCUUCUUUAUGAAGGUGGGCCUCAUAGUUUUCUGUAUGAGCAGUUUCUCUGAACACUGCUCAGAGGUGUGGCCACUAAAUUUUCAUAGUGUGGAGAUUUGGGAGUCGAUCCCAAGUGGGAUAUAUCAGUCUGGAAAAGAUUUCAUAACAGUAGCUUUUAUUGUAUGUAUAUGUAUAUUUAUUUCUAGGGGAAAAUGGGAUAGGCCUAUAGUUGUACACGUAUUCUUAUUAGGAAUACUUUGAGCUUAACCCACUUGCCAAAUAUCCUUGUCCUUUUUCAUCAUUUGUCUUUCAGCUUAUAAUUGCUUUUGAUUUUUAAAAUCUUACUUCCUGUCCAUCAUUUGUAUGAAAGUAAACUUGUUUUUGAAUCAUUUUUAAGUUUAGCAGUUCUAAAACACAAAAGGAAUUAAGGAAUAUGACAUUGGUGAACCUUCAUUGUCGAUUUUUAUUCAAAGUGCAGAAAUUAGAGGUUAACUUUUCCAAGAAUGAGAUAAAAUCAUUGUGAACUCCUCUGGUUACCAGCAGUGACCAGCAAUGGACUGCUUUACUGGAUAGCUCCUUUGCCAUAACCAGUAAUGGACAGCCUGUGGUCAGCCCUUACCUCCAAGGGUGGUGUCUGUUUAUUCACCAAAGAGAGGAGAAGAUUUUCCUGUAUGACUUCUGCAAUUUCCCUCAAGUUGGUUCCUGUAUGUAGGAAUGUGCUUGGUAACCAGACAGCUAUAUCUAGGCUGUAGAUUUUGCCCUUGCAGCUGGUAAGAAUUAUUUCCACUUGUACCUCUUUAGGCCUCCAGACAUCAGCCAAUAGCUUUCAGCCCACAGUUUGGGCUUUAGCCAUUAACAUGUAAAGAUUACCAGUUGCUUGGCAAAGGGAACUAGAGAGAUGGUGAGUGUGUGUGAAAACUAUUCUGCCUUGCAGCCUACAAAAUUUUUCCAGAACUCCUUGUUUCCACAUAUACUGAAGGGAGGCACAGACCAUAUGUUUUUUCCCAAAGCGUUUCUCCAGUAAGAGAGUUACAUAAAAAUGGAAAGAUAUCUGAGACUUUGUGGCACUGAUUUUAUGAUAACCUGUUAGGGUAGAAUCUGCCUGUCCUUCCCUUAGCACAGCUUUCUCUCGUAAAAGCCAUAAAAAAUCAGUCAGUUUAACCAUCAGCUCAUGUAUAUAUAUACAUGUGUGACUGAUAGAUACCCUACAGUUAAUUUUAUAAAGAUUAAAAAAUUUUUUAUAUCUACAGAUAUAUUCUUCAGUUAUGGUGGCUUUUAUCCCACCAUGUAUAUAAAAAACAGCCUUGCAAGUAACUGGCCAGAAGAGUUGGCAGUAUAUUCUGAUUUCCUUUUCCUACCUGUUUGCCACUUGCGAUGAGGAUAAGCAGGGUAAUUGAACUGCUACGUAUUUCAAACUUGUUAUCACUGGUAACGUAAGAGAAGCUAACUGGAUUAUGCAUUCUCUAGCACAAAUACCAAAAAGCCAAAUUUCUACUUUGAAUUUGGUGACUUAGUGUAGUCAGUGGCUGAACUAGAAAGGAAAUAGCAUUCUCAAAAGUUCCCUUUCCAAGAAGAUGAAUGUUACCUUUCAUAUUAGGAGUUCUGUAAAAUAAAAAUAGCUUGUUUUCUGGAGGGGGAAAGUAUAGCUCAGUGGUAGAGUGCGUGCUUAGCAUGCAUAAGGUCCUGGGUUCAAUCCCCAGUAUUAUUAAAAAAAUAAUAAAUGAAUAAACCUAAUUACCCCCUCCACAAAAAGAAACAAAAAUUUUAAAUAGCUUUCUUUCUGAAAGAUUUUUAAAAUGCCAAUUCCCUCUUAACAACAAAGUAAAUUCAAAGCAUGUCUUUGAGAACCAGAAAUGUAAAAUCAUGGCUCAAGUUCCCUACCUUAGUGGUCCCUCAGUAGACUAUAUUAGGGGUUCAUUAAAUAAAGAGUUUAGAGAGGAACCUUUGAUGUUACUUGAUUUUUCUCUUGUGCCUUAGAUUUUCCAAGUAGAGGCUUCAAAUUUGGGUGGGGAAUAAAAGUGGAAGUAUCAUGGGGAGAAGAUUGAAAAUGCCCCUCCUGGAAAUGGGCGUGUGUGGAGUGGUCCUAAGGCUCACUUUCAUUGUUGAUUCAGACUUGCACCUGCACCGGAUCACUAGGUUUCCCCAGACAGAAGGAUUAUGACAUGGCUUUUUUGCAUCAGGCAUACCUCCCAAAAAAUGGUUUCUAGAUGUUUAUCAUAUUCUUUGUUGUACUGUCGGUAUUGUGGUGGUCAAGGCAGAGAAAAAGUUUAAGAAAAUCUUUCAUACUUGAACAGGAAACUGGUACUCUCUUGAAGGCUAUGCAGUAUGAGUCUGAAUAAGAAUUCACUAUUCAUUCGUCAGACAUUAAGUGCCUGUGUGCCAGGUACUGGUGAGCACUGGGGGUACAGGAGUGACUAAAACAAAUUAGAAGCUGCCCUUGUGAAGCUUUCAGUCUAGUAAGGAGACAUGAAACAAAUUUUAGCUUCAAGAACAAGAUCUAUUUUUGCCUAUCAGCAUCGUUUAUUUUAAAAGUCAUACUACGGUGAUUUGAUUCAAAUUCAGAGAAGACUUGGAAAAUCAGACUCAAAAUGGAAUUAGAGUCUGUUAACUUAAAACUGCUCUAAAAAAAAUGUUUUUUUAAAAAAUGAAUUGGAGGAACCAACCAAAAAUGUUCUUAUAUUUGGUAGCAAUCCUUGAAGAGAUCAAGUAAUAAGAAAUCAGUUUAUACUGUUGGUGGAAGAAGAGGGAGGUAUGGGGAGGAUAGAGGUGCAAGUAAAUGGAAGAUGACCUAAAUGUGCACUGGUGACAGUCAACUUUUCCUUCCAUCAAGACCUCCUUCCGUGCAGGGUAGAGGUACGGAGUGUGCCGUGGCAUCCUUCCCACUCCCCCUUUCAGCAUGGCUGCUCUGGAAUACUAACCAUCUGGCCAACGGGACUUAGCAGAGGAUUCUGCAGGAUUUGCUGUUUUAAAGCAGCUGAGUACAAGAUGUGAAAAUAGGAAUCUAGAGCAGAAAAUGUAGCAAGUGAUGGUUCUGGGACUGGAUGGUGGGCAGAAUUUAUGUACAAGAAGAUUCCAGACUCUACCAAAUCUUUCUACAGGACAGCUCUAUCAAAUUGACAUUCUUUAAUCCAUUGUUUAAAAUGUUACCAUAUAUGGAUACAGGUAAAAUUUCUGGACUUUAACAACUAGUGACUUCUGAGGUAUACAGUUAGAAAACUCUCAUAGGUUUAUGCGUAAUAUAUUGGUGGUUGGUAAUCUAGACCUUCUGGGGGCUGUGAAACUUGAGAGGCUAUAGCAGAUGAGUCUUAGAGCACAUGAAUGAAAUCUACAGAGAAAAUGGUUCAAGGGUGUAGGAGUUAGAGGACAUUUUUUUUUAACCUAAAAAAGUUAAGCAAACUAUGGAAGACCUGGGGUGGAGAUGUGGAAUACAAAAUUAGGAGAAUUAUUUCUUUUAAUCCAUAUGGGAAGGUUUUCACUACCUGACUGGGUGAAGGGGCAUGCUGGGGUAGCUUUUCCUGGGAAGGUACAUGAGUAAUAAAUGAUUUUGUUUAUCAGAGGCAGUCACGUCAGUUUGUUUCCAGAUUCUUUUGGUCUGAAAUUACCUGAUGCUGACCAGACCUCUUUCUCCUUUCCUCAAGGCUGGACAGCUUUGAAUUUAUGCCUCUCAUCUGAGACCUUUCCCUCUGAAUGAUAAAAAUAUUCCCAUUCUCUAUUCUCCUGAUCAUCCUUUUGAAGUAGUUCUGGUGAUGUACUCAGAUCAACAUACUGACUGCACUUGCUGUUUUGUUUGUUUUUUUAACUAUGCACCUACAAUGAAUAUUGAUUUGCUCGUUUUUAUUUAAAAUUUCAUCUUCGUGGCAAGUUGGGCUAAUGGCCUUUGCACUCAAGUAUGGUUUGUUUACCAGUUUUGUAGCCAUAUUUGGCAAAUCUUAGCAAAUAGAAACCCUUCUUCCCCCCCAUUUUGUUCUUUUAUUGCUUUCCUGAUUUUUCUUUAAGCUUUGAGACUACUGCAUUCUUAAAAGAAGAACUAGGCUGAUUGGCAAAAUAGACUUGCCAGUAGCUCAUUCACUCCCAUAAUGCUUUGGCUUUGAGAGUUGGGAGAACUCUGAGAACUUAAGGAAACCAAACUCAGGAAUCCCACAGUUGGUUGCAUUGUACCAUUGGUUUAGGGGCUGGACAUAGGACCUGUCUGCAGCUGAGUGAACUAGAUGCAUUUGGGUUUGAAUUAUUGUCACAUACUGAAAUGUAAGUCAGCCCUAAGUAAUCAAAACACUUUAUUUUAUUUUUCUUUUUUUAAUAGGAACUUUCUGAAGAAAAAGUGAUGUGUAAAACAUUUGAUAUUUAAGACAAUAAAGUUUUUAUCAUAAGA